AUGACUUUGCGAGAUGAAGAAACCGAGUUUUUAUUGAACAAUAGUGGUUCAGAAUUAGAUGAAGAAAUUGCAUAUAUUGACAUUAGUGAUGAUGAAAAUGAUCCCUCAGACGGUGAACUGUCAGGAAGACCUGAAGAUGAGGCUGUUGACAGUGUUGUCUCAACAAACACAACUGGUCAUUGCAAUUUGCAAUAUUCAUCUGGCCAGUGGACAGAUGACGAUACAAUCACUCCCCAGAUUCCUGUUUUUUCUGAAUCCUGUGGAAUUCAAGAUGGGAUUGACCAACAUUCUUCAGUGUUUGAUUGUUUCACAUACUUUUUCGAUGAAGAACUGGUGAGACAGAUCAAACGAGAGACAAACUGCUAUGCUAGAAUGACAAUUGGGACACUAAGUGCUACAGGAAAACUGAAGCCUCAGAAUGAAUUAUUUGAAUUUUUUUCUGAAAAAUAUAAGAGCAGCUCUGAAGUUGAGCUAUGCACUGAGAUAAAUAAGAAUCUGUACACUGAAAUUCUUGAAGAAAGGAUAUGCAACUAUAUGAAAAUAACAGAUUCUGUUUCAAAAGUUAUAGUUAUUGAUGAAAGUGCAACAGAGUCAUACCCUCAGCUGACUCUAAAAAUGCAGCAAAUGGUUGCAGCAGCCCUGAGGUCAGGGCCACAGUCUGAAGUUCUAGUGGAUGCAUUCAACUUGAAAAUAACAAGACAUGACAUUGGCACUUUAAAGAAAAAAAAUUGGCUUAAUUGUCAGGUUAUCAAUUUUUACCUGAGUCUGCUCACUGAGAGGGGAAAACAGAAUGGAUAUCCAUCAGUUUACACCUUCAACACUUUCUUCUUCCCAAGGCUUUACUCCAGUGGUUUUUCUGCAGUAAGACGGUGGACUCGGAAAACUGACAUAUUUGCCUAUGAAAUACUUAUAGUACCUAUUCAUCUCAGUAUACACUGGUGUAUGGUUGCAAUAAACUUCAAGAAAAAAACUAUAUGCUACUAUGACAGUGUGAACAGUAGCAAUAAUGUUUGUUUAAAGUUGUUAUGGGAUUACCUGAACAGUGAAAGCAUGGAUAAAAGGAAUGAAGAAUUCAAUUAUGAUGGCUGGAAAACAGAAAAUGUGAAGGAAAUCCCACAGCAAGUAAAUACCAGUGAUUGUGGUGUAUUUUGUUGUGUAUAUUCAGACUGUAUCUGUCGUAAUGCUAGUUUCAACUUUUCUCAGGAGGACAUGCCAUAUUUUAGAAAAAAAAUAGCAUAUGAAAUACUUUCAAAAAAAUUGAUGACAUGAAAAUGAUAAAACUAUUGUUCCAUAUACUGGUAGU